ACAAAGAAGCUUGAAAAUUCCAUCCGACUCCCACCAUCGACACAAGGUCUCGUUAUAUAAAACCCUAACCACACUCUUUCAACACCCGAUCGCAUACUCAACACUUCCCACGCAGCUAAACUCUCCUAAGUCAAAACAUGGCAAUUAUCUCCGAGUUUCAAGAAGAAGAGGCCAGACCUUCCGCUUCUUCAUCGCCGAAAGCGGUGCCGUUUAACGCCAGCUUGGAUCCGUCGGACCCUGUUGGGUUUCUGGAGAAAGUUUUCGAUUUUCUGGCCAAAGAAACUAAUUUUCUUGAGAAAGAGAACUUCGAUAAGGAGAUUGCAGUGGUCGUGAGAGUUGCUAAGGAGAAACAUAAGCAGAAGGUUGAAGAGGUGGCUCCGAAGGUGGAGAUAAAGAAGGAGGAAGUGAAGAAAGAGAAGGAGAUCAAGGAAGAAGUGAAUAGGGAGGCAAUGGAGGUCGAUAAAAACGAAGACCAGUCUAGCUCUGGUUUGAAAGUUCCAAACAAAGGCAAUGGACUUGAUCUGGAUAAGUACUCUUGGACACAGUCCCUUCAAGAGGUCACUGUCAAUGUUCCAGUUCCCAAUGGAACAAAAUCAAGGUUUGUUGUAUGCGAGAUAAAGAAGAAUCAUCUAAAAGUUGGACUUAAGGGCCAGCCUCCUAUUAUUGAUGGGGAGCUUUUCCAAACUGUCAAACCUGAUGACUGUUACUGGAGCAUAGAGGAUAGUUGUGCACUGUCGAUCCUUUUGACCAAGCACAACCAAAUGGAGUGGUGGAAAUCAUUGGUGAAAGGAGAUCCUGAAAUUGACACUCAGAAAGUCGAACCAGAGAACAGCAAACUAUCUGACUUGGAUCCUGAAACACGGCAAACUGUAGAGAAGAUGAUGUUUGACCAGAGACAGAAGGCCAUGGGCCUUCCAACCAGUGAUGAGCUUCAGAAGCAGGAAAUUCUAAAGAAAUUCAUGUCCGAGCACCCUGAGAUGGACUUUUCAAGGGCAAAGCUCAUGUAAAUGUGAGUGUACCCCAGUUUUAGCUUUUGUCCUAUGAUCCUUUUUGUUUUGGGCAGAAUAUGAAAUGGUGAACGGUUUGAACAGUGUUGAUAGUGGAUAUUAUACUCUUGUAGACAUCAGGUUUUUGUUAAGACUUGAAUUUAAGAGUAAUUCAAGAGUUUUAGUUAUCCUA